GUAAACAAACAUUGCACAAUAUCAAGUCAAUAAAUUAUUGAGUCUCUUUUAGUAUUAAUCUUGUACUCUUCUACCGACAGAAAACAUUUUAAAAUCGGACUUUAGAUUGUACGCAUUAAUACUACAAAAUGCCUUCAAAAUUUGAAAUAAAAAGAAGAUUAGACAAAGUUAAUAAUGAAAUUAAAAUUUCGAUCGAGUAUUUAAGGACAAUUCCAUGUGGAAUGUUUAUAGACCAAGCAAGUUUAAACAAAAUAGCAGAAAAGAUUACAACAUUAGAUAUCGGAGCAGCAAUACAAGAAAGUGAACGGGGAUUGGAAUUUUUAAAAGAACUUGAAAAGUUAUUAAAACUUGAAAAAAGCAGACGAAAUUGGCUGCAACAAUUUGAGGAAAUUAAAAGAAAAAUGUCAUUUCAAGAAAAAAAAAAAAGAAAACUUGAAACGGAGGCAGAAGAAUCUCUUGAAAGAGAAGUAAAAAAUCCAUAUAAUUUGAGAAGUACCCCUCCACAAAGUCUUGAGUAAAAGAAAAGAAUAGAAAUACAGUAAUUUUGUUGUAAAAAAUAUACUAAUAAAACAAUAUAUAAAAUAUAAUGUGU